AGUAUAAAUUUAGUAUCUUAUCUUUUAAUUUUUCCAGAUCUGGUCCUGUGGGCGUCAGUAUCACACAGUGAUCACAGUUCACACCUGCAGUGAAGCCCCUCCCACAACAAUUCACCAAUAAAUACUGGGAAUAUUCCUAUCAUCCUACAAGAGAAGGACAAACUCCAGGAGUAGCAGCUGAAAUCUGUGUGACUGUUAAAGAUGGAGUUUAUUAAAGAGGAGAUUGAAGACAUGACUGAUCCAGAACCAUCCAGAAUAAAACAUGAAGAUACUGAGGAACAAAUAGACCAGCUGGAAGUGAGGGAGCAAAGACAGAAACUAAAUGAAGUCAAGAAACACUGUGACUUCAAAACUCAAGGAACAAAAGCCAAAAAGCUGCACUCCUGCUCUCAAUGUGGAAAGAGUCUCCAAAAGAAAAUAAACCUUAAGAUACACAUGAGAAUUCACACUGGAGAGAAACCAUAUCCAUGCACUCAGUGUGGAAAGACUUUUUCUCAAGCAUCAAAUCUCAGUAAACAUCUGCACAUUCACUCUGGAGAAAAACCAUUCAAGUGUGAUCAGUGUGGGAAAGGUUUUAAUUCAUCAUCAAAUCUAAUACAACACCUGAAAGUUCAUUCAGAUGAGAAGCCUUAUGUGUGUUCUCUCUGUGGAAAGAGUUUUCCACGGCUGAAGAGUUUUAAACUGCACCACAAAACACAUGAUGAAGUGAGAGACCAUGUGUGUUGUGACUGUGGGAAGAGCUUUACUAGAGCUGACCAUCUGAAACUGCACCAAAGGACUCAUAAUGGAGAAAAACCUUACAAGUGCUUACACAAUCUGGUCCUGUGGGCGUCAGUAUCACACAGUGAUCACAGUUCACACCUGCAGUGA